AUGCAUGCCAUCGGAGCGAGCCACAACUGCUUCUCGUGCAUCCAGGCGGACGAGAUGCAUAACGGCAGACACAGGAGGAUUGCUGAGCUUCUCAACGACUACCAUGCCGCAGUGGUGGCGGAGUCCAACAGCCUUGAAUCGUGCAGGGUCAAAACAAAGUCCCGCCCUGGUCUUGGAGAGCUUCCUGUGAACAUCCAUCAUGCUGUUGCUUUUCCCUUUGUUGACGCUGGAGAUGGCCUCGAUGUCGAAAAUGCCGACCGACAUGACUGGUAUGACGACCGCCAUGACCAUGAUGCCAACACCGAUGAAACCGUAAGCACCGACGGGUGGACGUCCAACAAGCAACCGAAGAUGACCAAGGCGGAAACCCGGGCCAUGAAAAGGGCGGCCAAACAAGAAAAGAAGGAGACCAAGGCCUUCAAGAACCAGGCGAAACACCACAAUGUGGGCAUACACAAAGAAAACAUUGAUUUCGUGGCAACAAUCCUGCAUGGCGACGCUAAGAACGAUGCCAGCAACCACCCACUUGCCUCAGACAAGACCAUCGAAGAGGUCAUGCAGCGCAACCUUGGCUUCCUCUCUGCCAUGGAAGACCACAACAAAGACCUGAUGGCGAGUAUUGCAAAGCGCAGAAAGUCGGACCGCGAAAGGCGUAGUAAUCGCAACAAUGGGACAUGGGGCAAGAAUGGCAAGAAGCGUCGCUCGUCCGGCAACAACAACCACGACGCCGAUGACACCGAUGACGAGGCAGAGUAUCUCCUCGUUGCAGUCUUGACAAAUCUAGGCGUCCAUUCUACUCAUAUUCCCACACCCACGGACAAGAACGGGAAAGCCAAUGCCAUACCCAAAAGCCCGUGGGGUGGUGGGAUGGGAAAUGUGCCCGGCGCCAACGCGGAGAUCGCGGCCAUCGUGGCCAAUCUCAAAGCUUUGGUCAAAGAAGACUUGGAACGCCAUGAAAACGAACUGCGAGAGACUUGGGUUCGAGCCGGUGGGUUUUGGAGAUAUGUUGGCAAGGCCGUGUUCGACAGAAUGACGGAGAUUGCGAAGAACCUGGAUUGGAAAACGGGAGCCAAGUUGCAUUGA